GCCACGCUGAGUCCCCGCCCCCUGCUGGUGCGCGGCCAGCAGCGGAACUUCCGGUGCGAGUUGAACUGGGACAGCGGAGCGUAUCUCUUCCAGUGUAUGUGUGGCAACAACAUGUCUGUGCCGCUGCUCACCGAGGCCGUCACGGUGUCCGGAAUGGAAAAGGAGACCGCUGCGGUGAUCUUCCUUCAUGGACUAGGAGACUCCGGGCAUGGGUGGGCUGACAGUUUGACGGGGAUCCGGCUGCCUCACGUCAAGUUUAUCUGCCCAAACGCGCCCAAAAUCCCAGUCACUCUGAACAUGAAAAUGACGAUGCCCGCAUGGUUUGACCUCAUGGGUCUCAGCCCCGACUCCCCAGAGGACGAAUCUGGAAUCAAGAAGGCAGCAGAAAACAUCAAGGCCAUAAUCGAUCAUGAGGCCAAAAAUGGGAUCCCCCCAAACCGUAUAAUGCUCGGCGGCUUCUCUCAGGGUGGCGCCCUGUCCUUGUAUACCGCCUUGACCUGCCAGCAUCAGCUGGCUGGCGUUGUAGCCCUCAGUUGCUGGCUUCCACUUCACAGCAGUUUCCCAUCGGCGUCGAGCGGCAACAAGAACCUCCCGAUCCUGCAGUGCCACGGUGAGGCAGACAUCAUGAUCCCUAGGCAGUUUGGUUCCAUGACGGCAGAUAAACUCCAAACCAUAGUUAACCCUCAGAUGAUCACCUUUAAAACCUACCCAGGGCUCGCUCACUGCUCCUGUCCUCAGGAGAUGGAGGCAGUAAAGGAAUUUAUCGAGAAGCAUUUGCCCCGAAUCUGACCUCACCUCAUCCCCACUGUGACCCCUGAGACACUCACCUGUCACCCCUGAUCUGCCAUUCUCCCACAGGAAACAGCCAUGAGCACCCCCCCUUCCACACACACACACACACACACACACACACACACACACACACACACACACACACACAUACACAUAUGCACAUGUAAUAAUAAUGAUUUGAUCCACAGCGCUAAAUGAACCAUGUGCUUGCCGUGCAUUUCAAUCCAACAACACUCAUACUGUAAACAAAUUUGUCAAACACACUGAUUGGAUAACAUUGUAACCAAGUGCUUGCACUCAGGAGUCUUAGCCUUUUGGAGGGAGAAACACUGAUUCCCACUCAAUACAUUCCCUUUGGUUUUAUUUAACAACCUCUUGUCUGUCGCUUCCAUCUUAACUUUAGUCAUUCUCAGCUGUCACAGCCUCCAUUGCUACAAAUGCCUCGCCUUUCCCAAUAAGAUUUGAGUCGGAUAAGUGAGUUAACAGCUGAUACUGUCUGUGAGCACAAUAAGGUGCAGACAGACCUGCAUGUGGAAAACAGGAGCAAACCCUGCAAGGCUUUUAUAGGUGUGGGAAAAUCUUGAAGCAACUUACUAGAGAGAAGGUCAGAUCGAAGAAAAUGCUGUCAAAAUUACAACAUAGUCGCUUGCUGUUGUUAGCCCAUUAACCGUGCUAUUUCUUAUUAUAUCAAGCGGUUGAAUCUGGUCUGAGAGCAGCUUCACUCCUCAGAGUCUGACUCAGGUGCAGUGAGUUUUAAACCAUCCAUUCCACCACCUUCCGCCCCAUGACGGUGCUCUGCGGCCUGUCCAGGUCUUCAAUCUUAAUCACUUAACUACAAACAGACCUUUUUAUUGAAGCACCAACAUCCACGGGGGCCUCACGUUACUUUUCUUUAAUGAGUGUGAGUAAAUAUCUUGAAUUAUAUGAAGAAAUUACAAUUGAAAUAAAAUGAAAACUCAUGAAUUGA